ACGGCUAAGCUAAGUGCACUGUAUAGCGUGUAAUAGGUGCUAGUUCACACCCUAUGUAGUGGACUCGAUGAGGAAGUAAGGCGCCAUCUGGGAUUGAACCAUGUCUAGUCUAGCAGGAAGUUCAGAAGCCGGUGGAGGCUAUAAGAUGUGGAUACUCCGGUUGUUUCCGCUGGCUCUUCACUUCGUGUCCUGUGUCAACGGUGACUCGAAGGCUGUAACCACAACACUUACCACCAAAUGGCCCUCUACACCUCUGCUCCUGGAAGCCAGCGAGUUUCUUGCAGAGGAGAGCCAGGAUAAGUUCUGGAACUUUGUAGAAGCUAACCAAGAUAUUGAAAAUGACCAUGAUGGCACAGAUCGGUCGUAUUACGAGCUGAUCCUAAAGCGAGCUAGUCAGCUCUUGAGUCCUGUGCAACUGAAGCUGCUGAAGUUUGCACUCUCUUUACGUUCCUACUCCUCCACCGUUUAUGCAUUCCAGCAGAUUGCGUCCACUGAACCUCCUCCGCCGGGCUGCAAGGCGUUUUUCAGUGUCCACGGAGAGAAAUCGUGCGAUCUCGACCGUCUGAAGGACCUGAUCGAUGCCGCUUCAGAGAAGCCGAAGCCUUUUCUGUUCAAAGGCGAUCACAGGUUUUCUUCUUCUGACCCGGAAUCUCCCGUCGUCAUCCUCUACGCCGAGUUGGGAACCAAAGAUUUCGGUAAAUUCCAUCAGCACAUGCUGGCCAAAGCCAACAAGGGCCUGAUUAACUACAUCCUGCGCCAUUACCUCACUAAACCAAGUGAUAAUAGAGUUUUCCUGUCUGGAUACGGGGUUGAGCUGGCCAUCAAAAACCAGGAGUACAAAGCCAAAGACGACACCCAAGUUCAAGGUGCCGACGUGAACGCCACGGUGAUCGGCGAAAACGACCCGGUGGACGAAGUGCAGGGCUUCCUGUUUGGCAAACUCAAAACUAUCUACCCAGAGCUGAAGGAACAGCUGAAGGAACUGCGCAAGCAUCUGGUGGAGAGUACAAACGAGAUGGCGCCGCUUAAAGUCUGGCAGAUGCAAGACCUCAGCUUCCAGACAGCAGCCCGAAUCCUGGCUGCCCCUCCUGUUGAAGCUCUUACAGUUAUGAAAGACUUGAGCCAGAACUUUCCUACAAAAGCGAGGUCCCUAACCAAAACGGCGGUGAGCUCAGAGAUUCGAAAGGAGAUCGAAGAGAAUCAGAAGUACUUUAAGGGCUCACUUGGACUGCAGCCAGGCGAUUCAGCUCUCUUUAUUAACGGACUCCACAUUGACCUGGACAUGCAGGAUAUCUUCAGUGUGUUUGAUGUGCUGAGGAGCGAAGCUCGGGUCAUGGAGGGCCUCCGUAACCUCCUCAUCGACACGCCCUUCAUCCACGAUAUCCUCAAACUGAACAUUCAGCCGACCGACUCUGAUUACGCCGUGGACAUCCGCAACCCUGCCGUAUUUUGGAUCAAUAACCUGGAGACGGACGGCAGGUACGCAUCGUGGCCAGCGACCGUGCAGGAGCUCCUGCGUCCCACUUUCCCAGGAGUCAUCAGACAGAUUCGCAAGAAUUUCCACAACAUGGUCAUCAUAUUGGACCCGACUCAGGAGAGCACGGCAGAACUCUUGAGUGUCGCAGAGAUGUUUUACGCCAAUAACAUCCCCCUCAGACUAGGACUGGUGUUCGUGGUGAACGACGCUGACGACGUUGACGGCAUGCAGGACGCCGGAGUCGCUAUGCUACGAGCCUUCAACUAUAUCGCGGAAGAAGUGGACAAUCAGUUGGCCUUCGAUGCCGUCGUGUCAAUGUUGAACCGUGUGCCCAGUGGAGGGAAGCUGAAAGUGGAGGACGUGGUGGCCGUGAUGAAGAAACGUUAUCCCUAUGUGGAAGUAAGCAGCAUUCUCGGAGCAGAUUCGGCCUACGACCACAAUCGCAAGGAAGGGAAGGCGUAUCACGAGCAGACAGGAGUGGGUCCUCUACCUGUGGUCCUGUACAACGGCAUGCCUUUACAGCCAGAGCAGCUGGACUCCGAUGAGCUCGAGACCACCAUCAUGCACAAGAUCCUGGACACCACCAGUUCUUUCCAGCGAGCCGUCUAUCUGGGUGAGCUGGCAAGCGAUCACGACGUAGUGGAAUUCAUCAUGAACCAGCCAAACGUGGUGCCACGCAUCAACUCGCGCAUCCUAACCACCACCAGGAGCUACCUGGAUCUCUCCAGCACCAAUAACCAUUUUAUCGAUGAUUACGCCCGCUUCCUCUUCCUGGACACUAAAGAGAAGAACACGGCCGUGUCUAACAGCAUGAACUACAUGACCAAGAAAGGAAUGCACUCUACUGUCUCCUCCGAUGAUGGCGUCAUCCGUCCCGUGACUUUUUGGGUGGUCGGCGAUUUUGACCAUCCAACAGGCAGACAGCUGCUGUACGACGCCAUUAAACACAUGAAAACCAGUAAUAACGUGCGUUUGGGGAUGAUCAAUAACCCAACAGACAGUCCCUCGAACGCAACCACUCUGAUCGCCCGGGCCAUCUGGGCGGCCAUGCAGACUCAAACGGCCAACAACGCCAAGAACUUCAUCACCAAAAUGGUCAAAGAGGAGACGGCUGAAGCGCUGUAUUCCGGGACCAACAUCGCCGGAUUUGCUGUCGGGGGCAUGGACGUUUCCCUUUUCAAAGAGGCGUACGCGUCUCCUAAAAUGGACUUCCUCUUGGCCCAAGCCGCUUAUUGUCGCGACGUCCUUAAGCUGAGUAAAGGCCAGAGGGCUGUCAUUAGUAACGGACGGAUUAUCGGCCCUCUCGAGCAGGGGGAGGUCUUUAACCAGGACGACUUCCUUCUCCUGGAGAGCAUCAUCCUGAAAACAUCCGGAGAGCGAAUCAAGAACAAAAUCAAGCAGCUGGGUGUUGAAGAAGACCGAGCGAGCGAUUUGGUCAUGAAGGUGGAUGCUUUGCUGUCAUCGCAGCCCAAAGGCGAGGCCCGGAUCGAGUAUAGCUUCCCGAUGGAAAGACACAGUGCUGUAAAGAUCCGCCCUAAGGAGGAGGAAGUGUACUUUGACAUAGUGUCUGUGGUGGAUCCCGUCACCAGAGAUGCUCAGAAACUGGCUCCUCUUCUCUUGGUCCUCAAACAGCUGGUCAACGUAAACAUGCGAAUCUUCAUGAACUGCCAGUCCAAGCUCUCUGACAUGCCGCUUAAAAGUUUCUACCGAUACGUGCUUGAGCCCGAGGUAACCUUCAUGGCAGACAACAGCUUCGCUCUGGGCCCGAUAGCUAAGUUCCUGGACAUGCCCCAGUCUCCACUAUUCACUCUGAACCUGAACACCCCCGAGAGCUGGAUGGUAGAGUCAGUGCGUACUCGGCACGACCUGGACAACAUCUACCUACAAGAGGUGGACAGCAUCGUAGCUGCAGAGUAUGAGCUGGAGUAUCUUCUCCUGGAAGGUCACUGUUUUGAUGUGAGCACCGGUCAGCCACCUCGCGGGCUCCAGUUCACCCUGGGCAUGGCCUCAGACCCCGUCAUAGUGGACACCAUCGUCAUGGCUAACUUGGGCUACUUCCAACUCAAAGCAAACCCAGGAGCCUGGAUCCUUCGGCUGAGAAAAGGAAGAUCUGACGAUAUCUACAAGAUCUACAGUCAUGACGGUACAGACUCUCCAGCCAACGCCGAGGACUUAAUAGUGGUGCUGAACAACUUCAAGAGCAAGAUCAUUAAAGUGAAGGUGCAGAAAAAGCCAGACAUGAUGAACGAGGAGCUCCUUAAUGACGGCAGCAGUGAGGACGACUCCGGGUUCUGGCAGUCCCUAACCAGGGGAUUCACCGGUGGGCAGAAAGUGGAGGAAACCAAGAAGGAAAAAGAUGACGUCAUCAAUAUUUUCUCUGUGGCCUCGGGACACUUGUACGAGAGGUUCCUGAGAAUAAUGAUGCUGUCUGUACUGAAACACACCAAGACACCAGUGAAGUUCUGGUUUCUGAAGAACUAUCUGUCGCCGACCUUCAAGGAAUUUAUCCCCUACAUGGCUCAGGAAUACGGAUUCCAGUACGAGUUGGUGCAGUAUAAGUGGCCUCGCUGGCUCCAUCAGCAAACCGAGAAGCAGCGCAUCAUCUGGGGCUACAAGAUCCUCUUCCUGGACGUACUCUUCCCACUCGCCGUGGAUAAAUUCCUCUUUGUGGAUGCUGACCAGAUUGUGCGAACAGACCUAAAAGAGCUGCGCGACUUGGACCUGGAGGGGGCACCAUACGGUUACACGCCUUUCUGCGAGAGCCGCAGGGAGAUGGACGGCUACCGCUUCUGGAAGUCAGGCUACUGGGCCAGCCAUCUGGGACCCCGCAAAUACCACAUCAGCGCACUGUAUGUGGUCGACCUGAAGAAGUUUAGGAAAAUCGCUGCAGGAGACCGACUGCGAGGACAGUACCAAGGACUGAGCCAGGAUCCCAACAGUCUGUCCAACCUCGACCAGGAUCUGCCGAACAACAUGAUCCAUCAAGUACCCAUCAAAUCUCUGCCGCAGGAGUGGCUCUGGUGUGAGACGUGGUGCGACAAUGCCUCCAAGGCCAAGGCCAAGACCAUCGACCUGUGCAACAACCCACAGACUAAAGAGCCAAAACUCCAGGCAGCAGUCAGGAUCGUGGCUGAAUGGACGGAUUACGAUCAGGAGAUCAAGAGAAUUUAUAACAAGUUUCUGGAAGGGCGAGAGAGAGGAGCUCACUCUGGAGAAAAACACACACAUGAGAGAAAGACAGAUGGACAGAAGCACACAGAGCUGUAAACGGACUGCUUUCCGCACACCGGGACGACUGACUCUGUUUAAAGAGUUGUCUUUUUUUUUUCUUUCUGGGUUUUCCUUUUAAACAAACAAAAAAAAGGCCUAUUCUCCUGGAGCGGGGUCCAUGUUGGCGCUGUGAAAACUUGAAUGGAAUGUUUCAUCCUAUCUCGUUUGUGUAUGCAUGGGGCAAAGGGGCAGGACCAAGAGGAAACUGGCGUAGAGCAAAUUAGGUAGCUCUGCUGUGGAAUUCUGGGAAAUCAUAUACGAGGCGUCUCUUAUAUCUGAAGUGCUAUAACAAAUAUCUCUGAAUCUGCCCGUGUGUGUGUGUGUGUGUGAGAGAGAGAGAGAGAGUAUGUGUACCUGUUAAGUCGAUGCUCAAAAGGAGACACAUCCUUCCAUCUGGUUAGUGAGAAAUUCAUGACGUUUCAGUUCUUUCUUACAGUUCCACGCUUGUCACCGUUCAAUAGGAAAGGCUAAUUUAUUCAACUGACAAAGGAUAUAAAUAAAGGAUGAAUUUUUUUUGCCCUGUGUCUGAUUUCUCACAAAAUGAGCAGAACUUUGUCUAUUCGUGUUCGUUGCCAAUGUUUUUGAAGUUCACGUCAUAUUUUUUAUUUUUUUUUCUUUCUCUCCUCUUCUCGAACUACUGUAUCGUUUUUAAGCAAACCCGAGAACACGGAGGACAUUCAGUCAGUCGAAAUUGUUGUCAGGAUAAUGCGGGAUUAAUUGUGGGAUGUCAGAUAUUUUUUAAUAAAAGAAAUGGAAUAAAUUCA